UUCUACGCAUGCGCACGAUUUGGUCUGCUCUUAGUUGCUUCGCAAAACAGCGUUUGCCAUGGGGUUUGAGAAGGUUGUUCUGAUUGAUGCAAAAGGCCAUCUUUUGGGUCGAUUAGCGUCAGUCGUGGCAAAGUGUAUUCUAACAGGGCAAAGGAUUAUCGUGGUUAGAUGCGAGCAGAUCAACAUCAGUGGGAGUUUCUACAGAAAUAAAUUGAAGUUUCUCAAGUAUUUGCGCAAGCGCUGUGCAACAAAGCCCUCAAGAGGACCGUUUCACUUUCGUGCUCCAAGUCGUGUGUUCUUUAAGACAGUGAGAGGUAUGAUCCCUCACAAGACAAAGCGAGGCACGGAGGCUCUGAACCGUUUGAAGGUGUUCGACGGCAUCCCACCACCAUAUGACAAACAAAAGCGGAUGGUUGUCCCGGCUGCUCUCAAAGUGUUGAAGUUGAGACCAGGACGAAGGUUUUGUGAUUUGGGUCGAUUGUCACAUGAGGUUGGUUGGAAGUACCAGGAUGUUGUAACGACUUUGGAGGAAAAGCGGAAAGCUAAGGCUAAAGUUUACUGGGAGAACAAGAAGCGAUUGGAGAAACUGAAGCAACAAGCUUUACAACAGGAAGCACAGAAAUUGAAGCCUAUUGACCAAGUGCUUGAGCAGUAUGGUCACUUGUAGACUGUUGACGUUCAAUUGAAUAAAGUUAAUCAUCCUCGUUGACACUA